AUGACUGUGUUUCCUUCUGGGAACUGCUCUUCUCCGUACAAGCUGCAGCACACGAGCCAGCCCCUGGGCGCUGACACCCUGCUUUUCCUCAUUCUAUCUGGAAAAACCCUAUUAAACGUUCUCAUUCUGGGAAUGAGAAGGAAGAAGACCCGUGAGCAUUUCAUGGGACAUUUCUGCCUUUCCCUGGCACUCCUUGACCUUUUCCUUCUGAUAAGCGUUGCCAUCAUCUCCCUUUUCAGGGAUUUUGUGCUUUUAGGCAUCAGGUUUACCAGAUACCACAUCUGCCUGUUAACUCAAAUCAUAUCCUUUACAUACGGCUUUCUGCACUAUCCUGUCUGCCUGAUAGCGUGUAUUGAUUAUUACCUGACUUUCUCCAAAACCACCAAACUUCCCUUUCGAAGUCAAAGAUGCCUUUAUCUCCUGACGAUAAUUGUGAUGUGGACGUCGGUGCUGGCCUAUGUCUUGGGAGACCCAGCCGUCUCCUCGAGCCGGGGCGCACAGAGCGCCUCCCCGCAGCAGUGCCCCUUCUACGUCAGCUCGCAGGGCGCCUGGCUGGCCUGCUCCGUGCUCUUGGUCUUAGGGAUGGCGUUCAUCGCCUCCUGGUCAGACGUCGUGGCCAUGAUCCGCGCUGUGAGGGUAACGUCCUAUAGGAACGAGGUGGUCCUCUACCUUCCCCGUCCACCCCAUUCGACUUGUACCACGAGCUCGAGGAAAGCACUCCUGCCCCAGGUCCUCGUCUGCUUCCUGGGUACCUGGUCGCCCUUUGUGCUUCUUCAGAUCAGCAUCCUUCUAUUUCGAGUCCAGAUUCCGGCGUACAUUGAGAUGAACAUUCCCUGGCUGUACUUUGUCAACAGCUUCCUCAUUGCUGCGUGCUAUUGGUUGAACUGUCACAAGCUGACUUUAAAUGACAUCACAGCGCCUGUGGAUCCGUUUGUAAGCUGGAAAUGCUGCUUCAUCCCACUCACCAUUCAUAAUCUCGAGAAAACGGAGAAGCCCAUGUCGAUAAUAAUUUGUUAA